CCACCUCGCCCCACCGCAUCCAUGGAAAAAUUAUCUCCAUGAUACUGGUUCCUGUUGCCAAAAAGGUUGGGGGCUGCUGGUGGAUGUGUCUAGUGGACGUGAUUCCCCCAAAAGCCAUCUGGGGCACCCUAUGAAAGGCUUCAGGUCCGCCUGGGUGAUCUCUCUGAGGCAUUCUUGAGAAGGAGGGGCAGAAGGAGGAAAAUGCUUGCCCAUCUCUCCCUCCCUGUGUCAGCAGAGCUGGGUAGCACCACCCUCUGGCCUCUGUCCAGCGCCAUCCCCAGGUUGGCCCACCCGCCUUCUCUGCCCCAGCUCCCAUCUGUGGGAAAGUCAAUGUCUUCCCCGUGGAGCCAGGCUCUGGGCCCAGGCCCUGUCAGCAUGCACAAAGCCAAGCUAACGUCUUAAGUAAAUGCCUGAAGGUCCUUGCAGAGUGUGUCGUACCCCCACCAGAGCCUGUCUGCUCACUCACUGCAGGGAAGAGAAGGAGGGAUGCCUUUCCAGCAGCAGCCUGGGAGAAGGGAGUCAGCUCCUGCCCUGGGACAUGGGCUGUGACCGUUUGGCAAGGCCAGGAAAGCCUGGAACUGACCCGAGAACCAUUCUCAGCAAACACUCCCAGAGCAUCUACUGACCCUGCAACCCUGGGACACGCAGAUGACUCUGAAGAGGCCCGCCCCUGGAGGAGCUCACAAUCUAAUCACAAACCAGGGAGGUGUCACAUUGGCUGAACGAAGAUGACAAAUCCUGAGCUGCUACAGUCAAAGCAGGGAAGAAGCUCCGACUGGAAUACACGGUAGAGGAGAGAACACUUACAGAGACGACCCGGAUGGGGCCAUGGCGGAGGUCCAGAAGAGAGUUCUCUCUGGAGCAGAAGACCCAGGAAAGACAGUCCGAGGAGUGGGCGCCCCCUCCCCAGCUAUGCUUCCCUGGCAUUUGGCAUUCUCCCACCCCGGGCUGCUCCGCCAUGGCCAGACCUCCUGCGCCCGGCUCAGUGAUUGCCCCAGCCUGGCAUGAGAGUGCCGAGGGCAAGGAGUACCUGGCCUGCAUCCUGCGCAAGAACCGCCGGCGGGUCUUUGGGCUGCUUGAGCGGCCAGUGCUGCCCCCACCUGUGGCCAUCGACACUGCCAGCUACAAGAUCUUCGUGUCUGGGAAGAGUGGUGUGGGCAAGACGGCAAUGGUGGCCAAGUUGGCUGGCCUGGAGGUGCCCGUGGUACACCAUGAGACCACUGGCAUCCAGACCACCGUGGUAUUUUGGCCGGCCAAGCUGCAGGCCAGCAACUGUGUCAUCAUGUUCCGCUUUGAGUUCUGGGACUGCGGGGAGUCUGCGCUCAAAAAGUUCGACCACAUGCUCCCGGCCUGCAAGGAGAACACAGAUGCCUUCCUCUUCCUCUUCUCCUUCACGGACCGCACCUCCUUCGAAGACCUCCCUGGGCAGCUGGCCCGUGUCGCAGGCGAGGCCCCAGGUGUUGUCAAGAUGGUCAUCGGCUCCAAAUUCGACCAGUACAUGCACACGGAUGUGCCGGAGCGUGACCUCACGGCCUUCCGGCAGGCCUGGGAGCUGCCCCUGCUGCGGGUGAAGAGUGUGCCGGGGCGGCGGCUGGCUGAUGGGCGCACGCUGGACGGGCGGGCUGGGCUGGCCGACGUUGCCCACGUGCUCAAUGGCCUUGCUGAGCAACUGUGGCACCAGGACCAAGUGACAGCUGGCCUGCUUCCCAACCCCCCAGAGAACGCCCCCAGGUGAAGCGUGCUGGCGCCAUGAGUGGGCACCUGUGAUCCCACUGCCAACCCUCAGGUGGCCCAGGAUGGAGGGCAGGACCCCAGGCCUAAGGCUGGGCACAGAUGUUGACCCCAUCCUGAGGACGGGCCAGAGGAAGAUGUGGUCUGAGAAGGGCCCACCCCGGUUGGGCUUUCCCCACAAAGUACUGGGCACUGAGGCAGGGCACAGGCCGGGUAGGGGUCUCCUCAGCCUCCGCUGCCCUUCCUGGAGGGUGACUGGGGAGGGGGCUGCCUCAGCAGGGCCCUGGACCUCAAGCGGCUUCAAUCAAGGCACCGGAUUAGUUGAUGUGAUGCCAUCUGCCGCAACAGAUAAACCCUGAGAUCCGUGGAAGUGGUUUUUCUUGCUCAGGUCUCACCGCAAGAAGGGGUUGGGGGGCGCUCCAUUUCAGACACCCAUUCGGAGCCCCAGGUUGCCCUGGGGCAUCAGCAUCUAGUCAGCAGAGGGGGAUGAGUGCAAGCGGAAGGCCACCCAGAAGGUCUCUGUGACCAGGCCUGGGAGUGCGCUCAUUUCUGUGCACUUUCCAAUGGCCAGCACGCAGCACGGGCACCCAGC